CACAUCAGGCCUGCACACUAAUUUUAUUUUGAAAUUGUAAAAAAUUACUAUUAUGAAUAUUAUGAUAUAGGUCGUCGUUAGUUUAACUAUAAGUUAAAGCCAAUAUCACAACAUGUCUAUUUCCAUGAUUGCACUAGUCAUAUUAUUUUUCACAGGAACGAUACAUUGCGAAGAUGUACAAGUUGAGUUCUCGGAAGAUGAUUUUAAGUGUACUCUGCCCGAUGUCAAAACUGAAGAUGACAAACUAAAUGUAACAAGAUUCAGAUCUGACUUCUCCAAAAUAUCUGAGGUUAAAUUUCCAGGUGUGAUAGGUCCUCUGAAUGAGAGACUAGUUUGCAAGAUCAAGUGCAUUGAUGGCAACUGGGUCGGCCCUCUCUGCUCCACCACACCAGAUGGACGGUUUCAACCAAUUCUCCGUGAAUGUGUUUACCGCAAUGACCACCCCUUGCUGGCCAUUUCUUUUAGAAACUCCACCAUUGAGAAAGAAACGCACUUCCCCCACGGCGCCAGCAUAGUAGCCCGAUGCCGCAACUUCGGGCUGUACAAGAUGAAGGGGGACGGCGUGCUGCGCUGCGAGAACGGCAACUGGACGCCGCGCUUCCCCGAGUGCGUGCCCACAACGCUUAUCACCAACUUCACAAGUGACGCGCCCCCAACGAUCCUCCACACGGUCGUCAGCGGCUCAGCGGUGGUGUCCGUGGCGGGCGAGUUAUUCGUGUACCCGGAGAGCUCGCUGCGGCUCGACUGCGUGUCGAAGCGGGCGCUUGGAGAUCCCGAGUGGGGCUGGACGCAGGCGCUGGGUCAGCACACACAAGGCUGGUCCGAGGACGAGGGCGAGCGGGACACGCACUACCGGCUGACGCUCACCAAGAUGUCGGCGCGCCAUAGCGACCAGUACAUCUGCACGUCGCCCGCCGGACACACCAACACCGUGCAGAUUAAAGUUGUUAGCGUCAUAUGCCCACCGUUGAAGAUCUCAUCGCCGCGCGUACGGCAAUUCGCUCAAGGAACAAGACUUGGGCAUACGGUGCAUUUUAGCUGCCAGCCGGGCUUCCAUCUUAAUGGGUCGGCUGUUCUCAUCUGCGGGGCCGACGGAAAUUGGUCAUCCCUACCCCCAACGUGCGUCGAAACCUUCUGCCCUAUGCUCAACACCCUCGGGCCUCACCUGAGCGUCGUCGAGUACAACUCGUCGUACGGUGGCCGCGCCGUGUUCCAGUGUGCGUGGGGGUACAGGCUAAUAGGGCCCCCGGGCCUCGAGUGCGAGCAGGACGGCGUGUGGAGUGGCGACACCCCGCGCUGCACGCCUAUAUACUGCCCAGACCCGAUAGUGCCAGCGAACGGUCGUCUUCUCACACAGUCUUCCGCAAAACACGGAAAAUACCCAGUGGGCGAUCUCGUCAUAUACUCAUGCGAAGACCGGUUUCAAAUGGUCGGGGAAUCCUCCAUAGUUUGCACGGAGAAUGGGUUCUGGUCGCAUCCCCCGCCGUUCUGCCUGCAGCCCUCGGAGAUAAGGAAGGCGGAUACUAUUUAUAUUGAGAACACUACGCUCGUGCAUGUUGAGGAGUAAGAUAUGUUGUGUGCACUUACAUAUGUACUGUAGGCGCUCGGUAUUCCGACGAUCGUCAAAUCAGUAGGCCCGGUAAUCCGGCAACUAGAAACUCAGGUGAACCGCUCUAUAAUCCGGCAGUUUAUACGGUUGCAUUAGAUAUAAAGAAUAUUUUCUGUACAAACUAUUACAAAUCCAAUAAUCAAUAGGGGAAGAAUUUCAGGUGCCGGAUUACGGAGCGCCCACUGUAGUUGUAGGGGUGCAAUAGUGCUUGUUGAGGGGGUAUUUUGUAAGUGUAAUGUGAAGAGGCUCAGCGGCAGAGAUAAUGUGUGUUAUGUGUGACACGUGUAUGUGUAUUAAAUUAAGGAAGUGUGUGUGUGUGUGUGUGUGUGUGUGUGUGUGUGUAUGUGUUUUGAUCUGUGGAUAGCGGACAUGGUCAUUUUCUCAUUUUACCUUUAUGGCGGGGUAGCGGUCGACACUAAUAAAGUAAAAUAAAGUUUACAAUUAUGUGAGUUGAUUACCUCAGAUCAUAGCAGUGAAAAAAAAAUUUUUUGCCACAUUUAAAUUUAUUCAUGAACCAGGAAUAAUAAGUUACUAAAAUAAAAUGGUAAAUAUUUAGACUAACUCCAUAUUUCACCUUUUACUUUAGCACUGUUUUAUCUCUGGUCUCUGAUGUAGAACAUAGUCAAAUAAGCUAAAGAUGUAUUCCUGUUUACGUGCUAUGUUGUUGAUUGUAUUAGUUGUAGUUGUUGGCCAUGUUAUUAUUUAUUUAUUAAAAUUACGUAUUAU